AUGACUUCGACUGAAUUUAAUAAUUGUUGUCGCGAGUAUGGUGUCGAACAUCAUGUUGUGGCUAAGGGGGCCAGCAGGGCGAAUGGUCAGGUAGAGCGCAUCAUGAAAAUUAUUGAAGAUAACAUGUCGGUUACCGAACUUAAUAAACCAUGGCACAAUGCUAUUCAGGAUUUACAGUUAGCUAUCAAUUGCACUGUCUCCAAAAGUACCGGCAAAAGCCCUAUGGAAUUGCUACUCGGGAAAAAAUGUUCACCACCAACUAUUAAGCUUUUACAGAUUGACGAUGAUGAAGUGACCGAGGACUUGGAAUCUGUAAGGUCUUCUUGUAAAAAGAGGAUGGACGAGCGAUCUUUUCAAGACAAACUCAGAUUUGACAAAGGUAAAGCUAGCAUAAACCCAUUUAAAGUCGGUGAAUUUGUCCUCAUGCGUCGUCAUGAACGACAUACUACAAAACUUGGUUCAAAAUUCGAAGGGCCUAUGGAGGUCUUAGAAGUAUUGCCUAACGACCGUUAUAAAUUGAAGCACGUUAACCUUCGCGGGUAUAGUGAAAGGAUCGCUAGCCAUGACUUUUUACGACCGGCACCAGUAGCUCAGACGGAUCCUUUCUUUGAUGAAGAGGGCGCCGUAUGGGCGGAUGAGUGA